AUGGAUGCCCCAAACGUUCCCCCGCCGCCGCCGCAGCAGCUUCCGACAGAUCCCAACGUCGCCUCGCCCGAUGCCCCUCCCCCUACCAAGAAGAAAUCGCGGCGCGGCGGCGAUCCAUCGACGCAGAAGCGCCGGUGUGUUUCUACAGCCUGUAUAGCAUGUAGGAAACGCAAGAGCAAAUGCGACGGUGCUCUACCGAGUUGCGCGGCCUGCGCCAGUGUGUACGGCACCGAGUGCGUCUAUGACCCGAAUUCGGAUCAUCGGCGCAAGGGUGUCUACCGUGAGAAAAUCGAUAGUACAAAGGCGCGGAACUCUACACUACAAAUUCUGAUCGAAGCCAUCCUCAACGCUGCAGAGGAAGACGUGCCCGAGAUUGUUAGAAAGAUUCGAACAUGCGAUAGUCUCGACUUGGUAGCUGAAUCUAUCCUGAAACAGGAUACCGCCAUGCCAGAAGUGGAAGAUGAUGAAGCAGUAGGAGAGGACUAUACUACAGAUAUGCCUAUUGAAGGCGAGAGGGACUUGGCCCGCAAAAUGGGAGAGUUGAGACUGGAAAACGGCUCUGUGCGGUUUAUCGGUGGCACUUCGCAUUUGAUCUACUUGACCAACCCGGCCGUGCCCAACCCUGAGCCUGAGCUUGUGGAACUCGAUUCGGAUGCGGACCCUAUUACCAGCUGGACGGACGUCACCAAAGACACGGAGCUCGUUGUUCAUCUGCUGAACAUGUACUUCAACUGGCAUUAUUCUUAUUUUGCAACCCUGUCCAAAAACCUGUUCUAUCGGGAUUUCUUCAGGGGAAAACCAAUCGGCCCUUCACACAAGACCACAUAUUGCUCUUCACUACUUGUCAACGCGAUGCUCGCCCUUGGGUGCCAUUUCACAGACGUCGAUGGUGCGUACGGUACCGCCGGGGACAGCUGGACCAAGGGCGAUCACUUUUUUGCUGAGGCCAAGAGGUUGAUCGUUGAAAACGACGAAUAUGAGAAACCCCGCCUGACCACCGUCCAAGCGUUGGCUCUGAUGUCGGUCAGAGAAGCCGGAUGUGGGCGAGAAGCCAAAGGCUGGGUGUACAGUGGGAUGAGUUUCAGGAUGGCCCAGGACUUGGGCUUGAACCUCGACAUCGGCGGCAUCAGCACCGACAACGAAAAAUUGGAUGAGACAGAGGUAGAUGCACGCAGGAUGACCUUCUGGGGAUGUUAUCUGUUUGACAAGUGUUGGUCGAACUAUCUUGGACGGCUUCCACAAUUACCAAAGGGCUCUUACAACGUUCCCAGAUACGACGUAUUCCCCGACGAGGACGCCGAAGAUUGGUCUCCUUACACGGAUGCUGGCUCCGAUGAAACAUCCAAGCAGCCGUCGCGGACCCGUGCCAUUGGCCUUGAGUUAUCUAAGCUCUGUGAGAUCAGCGGUGACCUUCUCCUCUUCUUCUAUCACCCCAAUCACAUCGGCAGAUCAAGUGGUAAGACAAUCGAGUUGAAAAAACUGAGCGAACUCCAUCGGCGUCUUGAGGAAUGGCGGAAAGAGCUUCCGAAAGAACUUGAACCCAAAGAAGGCCAAUUGCCAAACGCAAUUCUGAUGCACAUGUUCUUCCACCUGCAGUACAUUCAUCUUUUCCGACCGUUUCUGAGAUACGCCCCCUCAGCUUCACCCUUACCGCCACAUGUGUCGCCUAGGCGGAUAUGUACCGCAAAUGCCGGUGCUAUUUCCAAGUUGAUGCGACUCUACAAGAAACUUUAUAACCUCCGUCAAAUAUGCAACAUUGCAGUGUACAUGCUUCAUUCAGCCUGCACGAUUCACCUUUUAAACCUUCCAGAGAAGACGGCUAAGCGGGACAUCAUACACGGUAUCAAAGCCCUCGAGGAGAUUGCGGAAGAUUGGAUCUGUGGCCGGCGUACGCUCAGCAUCUUGAGUGUCCUAGUGCGCAAGUGGAACGUUGAAUUGCCCGAAGAGGCUGCACAUGUCCUGUCACGCACAGAUGAAAGAUGGGGUACAUUCAGUACUUCGGAUGUGCCCUCCCCUCGACCCCAUCUUACUACAUCCCCUUCUCCGCCCGCUGCUCCAUCUGGGGCGAAACAGGAGCAUUAUAGCCCAGUCAGCAUCAAUGCCCAACCGGCGGCCAACUCACAGCCCAUCCAAGCGACGAGGAGCAGCUCUGACAUAAUGAGCGGUGUCGCGUCAAGCUCGACAAUCUACCCAAAUCAUCCAAGUCUGCAAGGCUUGAGCAACGCAGGGGUGAACAAUUCCAUAGGAUUCAAUGGCAUGGGUGGCCAGUCUUGGCGCCAUACUUCUGUGCCUCAAGGUAUUCCAAGCUUUUCUCGGUCUUACGCCCCCGUAUCGAAUACCUCAAGCUCUGGACGGUCAACGCAGAACGCCACUCGAAAUGCGACGCCGAACUCCAUGUAUGCCGUUGACGGACAAGACUGGUACCUAAAAGAUGGGGUCAAUUGGCAGUCUGGAUUUGAUGCUUGGAAUAUCGGAGCUGCAGCAAACGGAGGCGACAGUAGCCUUGCAGAUUCGUCGAUGUUUAUGUUCACAGGCAAUCCAGGCAGUCCCAGCUCUAGGCGUUCUCCUGCAACAGCGAAUUUCGAUUUCGAGAGCCUGAACAACUUGUCCAGUUCUCUGGAGGGCUGGGACACACUGCCCAAUCUGGACUGA